CAGCACACAGUAACCCGUGGUGGAAACUCAUUCAUCAUGAGCUGGACCCUCAUGAAGCUAGCAGUUAGCUUUACGCGCUAAUCACUGAUAGGUGUAAUUAAUUGAUUAGUCGGUCCUUUCGUGGACCGUACAUUUAUAAACUAUAAUUUCACCUGAAUAUUAUUCAAACGACACUCUACUGUCUGGUGUACUAGCAACCGAUUUAACGUGUCGUGUUAUGGGAGAUAAACGGAGGUCAGACGAGUGGUUGGCUGUCAAAAGUAAUGACAACAAUAAGGUCCACAUUGACAGUUCAUAGUCUAGCACUGUUCAACUAUAAAGUGAAUCAUGCCUGGGAAACUGAAGGCCAAAAUUGUGGCAGGGCGCCACUUGCCUGUGAUGGACAGAGCCAGUGACCUUACUGAUGCUUUUGUAGAGGUUAAGUUUGGAAACACAACUUUUAAAACCGAUGUCUGUCCCAAAUCCCUCAACCCACAGUGGAACUCAGAAUGGUUCAAAUUCGAGGUUGAUGAUGAGGACUUGCAGGAUGAGCCAUUGCAGGUCACAGUGUUGGACCACGAUACUUACAGUGCUAAUGAUGCCAUAGGGAAAGUUUACAUUGACAUUGACCCGCUGCUGUGCAGUGAGGCUGCCUCUGUCAUCUCUGGCUGGUUCCCUAUCUAUGAUACAAUUCACGGUAUUCGAGGUGAGAUUAAUGUUCUCGUCAAAGUGGAGCUUUUCAAUGAUUUGAACCGCUUCAGACAGUCGUCCUGUGGGGUCAAGUUCUUCUGCACCUCAUCCAUUCCACGGUGCUACAAGGCAGCGAUGGUACACGGGUUUGUGGAGGAACUUGUGGUGAAUGAAGAUCCGGAGUACCAGUGGAUCGACCGUAUCAGAACUCCUCGGGCCUCCAAUGAGGCCCGUCAGAGGCUCAUCUCUCUCAUGUCCGGAGAGCUACAGAGGAAAAUAGGGCUUAAGGUACUGGAGAUGGGCGGAAAUGCAGUGGUGGGCUAUUUGCAGUGUUUUGACCUGGAGGGAGAGUCAGGCCUGGUGGUCCGGGCCAUAGGUACCGCCUGCACACUGGACAAACUCAGCUCUGGAAGCGCCCCUAACUCCAACACACAUAUGCACCCUAACACAGCCCCGCCUUCCAAUGCCUGCAAUUCCCCUUCUAAGGAUGGAAAGGAGCCGGUAUUUGCUGAGGACCUGACCCUGUCCUCCGGCCCGUCAACCCCUUUCAGAGCCCUCCCCACCACCACCACCUCCUCCUCCUCCCCCUCCCCCUUCUCUCCCUCCAAGCCAUGCAGCCGCCAGUCCUCAUCAUCAGACACAGACCUCAGUUUGACGCCCAAGACGGGAAUGGGCAAUGGAGGCAGUGCCGGGAAGGAGGCGGGGCCUCUGAAGACCCUGCUCAGACAGCAGACGCAGACGGCUCUUGAGCAGAGGGAGUUCCCCUUUUUCACCUUGACGUCUUUCCCUCCUGGUUUUCUGGUUCAUGUCGGUGGAGUGGUCAGCGCUCGCUCUGUCAAACUAUUGGACCGUAUACACAACCCUGAUGAGCCAGAGACUCGCGACGCCUGGUGGGAGGAGAUACGCCAGGAGAUCAAAUCUCAUGCCAAAGCUCUUGGUUGCCAUGCUGUGGUGGGGUACAGUGAGAGCACUAGCAUCUGUGAGGAAGUGUGUAUCCUGUCAGCCUCAGGCACAGCAGCCAUCCUGAAUCCUCGAUAUAUGCGUGAAGGCUGCCUCGACAUCGUAAUCGGCGACCACAGGUUUGAGGAGUUGUCUCCUCCGAGUUGUGGUUUCUGCCACAUCCCCUAUGAUGAGCUCAACAUGCCCUUUCCAGCCCAGCUCACUUACUGCUACCAGUGCAGGCGACAAAAGGUUCCUGAUGUGCUCUUCACAACAAUUGACCUGCCACCAGAAGCAGCUGUCACAGGAAAGGGCUGCCUUAUCCAGGCCAGGCUGUGUCGUUUAAAAAAGAAGGCCCAGGGUGAAGUGAAUGCGACGGCCAUCUCCAACCUGCUGCCGUUCAUGGAGUACGAGCUGCACACCCAGCUGAUGAACAAGCUGAAGCUGCGGAGCAUGAACGCUCUGUUCGGCCUGCACAUACAGAUCAGUGUCGGAGAGAACAUGCUGCUGGGUCUGGCUUCUGCUACAGGAGUGUACCUGACAGCCCUGCCGGCUCCAGGGGCCAUCCAGAUCGCGGGGAAAACUCCUGGUGAGAUGAGCAAUGAUCACCACAUCCUCACCAUUCAGAAAAGGAUCAAUGACACCAUUGCCAAGAACAAGGAGCUCUAUCAGAUUAACCCUCCGGAGCCGACAGAGGAGGUUGUUGGUUCUCCGAUUCCUGAGCCCAGGCAACGAUCCAGACUUUUCCGCUCCCACUCAGAAAGCUCAGAUGAACAGUCAGAACUGGACCUCUCCCAUGGCAAGAAGGAUGCCUUUGUCCUGGAGAUUGAUGACACUGAUGCUGUGGAGGACAUCCACUCUCUCCUCAUGGAUGCUUCUACCCCCGCAGGUUUCUACAGCUGCAACACUGAGACCAUGCCUGGGAUUUUCAACUGGACUUCAGGGGUUCAGAUGUUUACAUCAGUGAGGGUCUUUAGGUUGAGUAAUGCCAAUCUUACUAACCAAGGCUUGAACAAGAUCUUCACUGACCUUUGUGAGAAUCUGCUAAAGAGUUUUUACUUCAAGUUGCGCUCAAUGAUCCCCUGCUGUCUGUGUAAGCUCAACUUCACUGUAGCAGUACCAGAAGAAGAGCUCAUACAGGUUGCAGUUACAGCUGUUGCCAUGACAUUUGACAAAGACCAGAAUCAGGAGAAGCCGGCAGACAAGCCCCCCACCAAAGGAGGAGGUGAGACUGAAGAGCAGCUGCAGUUCCCCAUGGAGUUAUGUGCAGACGCAGCAACAGGCAACACUCAGCAAGCAUCCAAAGCCUCAGUCUCAUCUUUGGAGCGCUGCAGUCCGCUGCCCGAGGGACGCUCUCGCUCGCUGCGCUCCACACGCUCGUUCGGGAGCAGUUCGGUCGCCGUGGUGAAGAUGACGCCGCUCUCUUUCCUCCCUGGGACACGCAUCAUCAAAUACCUUGGGAUCAUCAACAUGUUUUUCAUAAGAGAGACAACAUCAUUACGGGAGGAAGGUGGUGUCAGUGGCUUCCUCCAUUCAUUCAUAGCAGAGGUGUUUGCGAUGGUUCGAGCCCAUGUAGCAGCCUUGGGUGGGAAUGCAGUGGUGUCCUACAGCAUGAAGGAGUGUAUGUUGAUGGAAAAUCCAAACAAGAACCAGGCUCAGUGCCUCAUUAAUGUGAGUGGGGAUGCCGUCAUCUGUGUCAGGGAGACGGACCCGGAGCCAACUCCCUCAACCACAAAUAUCGGACAGAUCUGCCCUAGUGGAACAGAUGUGACUACAUGACAGUGAAACACUGAGCCUCACCUUGUUUGCAGGACACACAAUCUGAGUAGAAACGCCCUCUGAGUCUAGCCGUCCAAAUAUGAGUAAUUUAUGUCUGCCUUAAAACUCUGUAAAAGAUCCAAAGGUUUGGACGAAGGCAACAAAGAAGUACUCGCACACUUCAAAAAAUGCAGUCUGGAUUCAUAUGGGAGUGCAGGGUGCCUGUGUUUUUCUCUGUGUCAAGCAUGACAGCAUUUGCAGAUACUGAUGUAUCUCUUUGGGAAUUAAGUAAUGUGAGGGUUUUUUUAACAGAAGUCUAAGGAUGCCUCUGUAUUUUGCCUAUGUAUUACAUCCGUCCAUAUUGGUGACACCCAAAGCGAGUGUGUCUGCAUUUACUUUGAGUUUGGGCAGAAGUGACGUGUGAGGCAGCUAUGACUAAUGUGUCCAUCCACAGCUCACAGGGAAAGUCAUGGCCUCGUGAAAAAAUACACCGUUGUAAACCAUCAAUUAAUUUGAUUGAUGUCAUUUGUGUUGGGCUCUGUUUUAGAGCAACUUGCAAAUUGAAAGGCCAAUCUAUUUAUUUCAGAGCAGCCACAUAAUGACCUUCAAACAAGGCAAGUGUUUCAACUUCAACAAAGCUGGAGCUAUUCCUCAAAAUUGCUCACUAGAAUGAAAAUUUGAAGUGAAAAACAAUACAGACAACAAUUUGAUGCCAUUUUGUUAAAAUUAUCUACGUGUUCAUUGGUGUCCAGUUCUCAUGUCCAAAUUAGGUUUUGUACGAAUUGUGUUGAUAGAUAAUCUUCUUAAUCAGUUACAGUAUUGCUCACAGGCAGCAUCCUACAGAUAAUUAAAUGUCUUCAGAAAGUGUCAAGUAAUGAUGUUAUCUAUAAUAAAUCAACAAAAACAGGCCAGUGUUUCUGGUGUAUGCACAUAUUUUUGAAGGGCAAUCAUUUCCCUUUAGAACAGCCAUUACUGUGUACUCCAGUGACUAUUUUAUUGAUAAAAACUAUUAGAUUUUUGUAUUGCUUCAUUUUGAAAUCGACAAAUCAAGUGGCAUGUGUAUGCCUUUUUUAUUUACUCGCAUCAGGAGUGGGAGAGUUAAUGGUUAAGGGAAUCAUGUCGCACUUUGGGUCUGAGCAGCAGAGAUGUUUCAUAUGGGAAAGCCUUUGAGAUAGUUUUGGUUAAUUAAAUCUGACUGAAGCAACUCUUCCAUCACUUGUAGCUCUGGUAUAACUAACUCUUCUUGAUGCAUCAUGUGAUCACUGUCAGAUUUCACAUACCUUUGUCAAUCUUUAUUACUUUUGCUCAUGUUCUAUAUAUAAUCCUGAUCCGUCCGGAUUUUAUAUUUAUGUCUAAUGCUGGAAACAAGCAUGGUGUAGGUGCAACAUAAAAAAAAACUGUGUAAAUGUUCUCUAACAUCAGAUUUUAGUAUUUUUGUAACAUAACAUGUAUGAAACCUACAGCUCAUUUUGCCUGUACAAUGAAUUUAUGAUGUGUUUGGACUCAGUGACAGAAAUUAAUGGUACUGUAAACUGUCGGUGAUGAGUUUCAGAUAUCUGUGUCUAAAACUUGAAUGUACAUAUUAAAAUACUUUUGGUUCCUGACUAGCAGCAUGCAGAUUACUUUUUUAGUGCCAUGCUUGGCUGGUAAGUAUUGCACAAUAAACUCAGUCAAACCAA